GCAGAUGCGCCGCUUCAUCAUCUUAUCCGUGAUUGCCUCUUCCCUCUUUCUCCAUGGCGGAGCUCGCAUCGCCUCUCCUUCGAAGUUAUCUUCCGUCCCUACCCCUGAUCUAUCGUCAUUUCCUUUACCUGACCUCUCCUCCCUCCCUUCCCCUGACCUCUCUUCUCUCCCUUCCCCUGACCUACCUUCCCUCUCUUUACCUGACCUAAUUGACCUUCCAUCACCCACUUUACCCCCCCUCAAAUUCCCGAACCUACCCCCUCUCACCCUCCCUGGCCUGCCUACCCUCUUCUUCGCCGACCUGCCUCUCGACGACCUGCCCGAGAUCGACGCCAACACCUGGAUCAUGAAGGACACGGGCGCGGGGGCUCUUGCAGGUCCCCUCGGCGGCCUGCUUAUCGGGGGCCUCAUCGCGAUCAAUGUGGGAGCGAUCGCCGGCUAUAUCGUCGACAAAUCUGGCGUUAUCAGCAGGAAGGAGAGGCAAGCAGAACCUGUUUCUCAGUUGGCGGAGACUGAAUCCUACAUCCUGUCCGCCGUCAGUCAGGUAGACACUCACGGUUGUAUCCUGAAGCUGCUGUGUCUGCUGGAAUCGGAGGAGACACUCACGAAGGAGGAAAGACUCUUCGUGAAUUUUCUCUCGAACAAAAUGCCUCUUUUCUCCCAGGAGGCAAAUGCAACGGCACUCAUUUCCGAGGAACAAGACUCCGAUCGACCUCACAGCGAGGAGGAAUGCAACACGCUCUUUAGCAACUGUCCUGUUGGGGGCCAGUUGCUCAGACGUCUUCUCGGUGUCGUUUGGGGUUUCGGCUUCACCUCGCUCUAAGUUCCGAACACCAUUUUCCUACAUCAACGUGGACCAAAGAUUAGCCUUCCGAUGCCUUCCGAGGUCAGUCCUUAUCUCAUAAUGGGACUUUGGGUUCAUCUCCAUAUUGAUGGGCGUUGCUAAAAUAGUUCUUUUCGUGACCCUGUGAAAAAAGAGAGUUCCGUAUUUCCUAUUUCGGCGUCCCUUUGUUCCGGUCACGCGGGGAAUACUAUUGCAUUAUCAUGGAAUACACUUUGUAAGAUGUAGUGAGACUAUUUAUUGUCGUAUUUAUUUAUUUAUUUAUCUAUUCCCACCUCUGUAUAAUAGGAUGUCUUAAAAAGCUUUUCCCUAUAUUGUACUAACCUUUCAUGCUGGUCACUCUAGACACAUUGCUGUAAGAGAAAUACAUUAACUAUGAUGACUAUGACAUAAAAUAACUAUUCAAUUGAUCUCUCUUCUGGCGUCAUUUUCUAUGAUACAGUCUGUUAUUUAUAUAAUGUUAAUUAAUAUUACAGUACAAUGAUAUUGUUGAUUGUUCUUGUGUCUGCUGUCUGGGUGCUACUUUAUAGAUAUGCUUGAAUAUUGGAUUGAAUAUUGAAUGUUUGUGUAACAUCUGUCGGAAGAUUUUUCUCUCAGAAUGAGUGGCAUAACAUUUCUUGGUUUAACAUAUUAUAUUUUCAAGAAUAAAACAAGUAA